CCGAAAGGAAACACGUGUGUCGUGUGGGUCCUUUUUUUCUGAAACCGAUCCACGACGCUAUGUACGGCGAGUGCGUCUGGCGUCCAGAUAGUGGAUUCGAAUAAUUUGAGGAGCAUCGUUGCAGUUUUCAUCCGUGCGGAUUAUUUUGCGUUAACGUCUCGGCGUGGCGUUAUUUUGUCGCUUCGAAGCGUCUGCUCUCGCAUACGCUUUUUCAGAGUUGAGUGUCCACGUUUCCGCUUUUGUGGGGUUCGGAGUGUUACGGUCUAGUUGCGGUCCCAAGACACGCUGCAACAGUGAACUUUUCAAGCAUUGCAAGUUCGAUCACGGAUUGAAACGGAAUCGAAAAAAGCUUUGUGAAGUGACCUAGUUAAGCGCGUGGAGGUAGCAUCUUCGAAUCCUGUGUCAAAACUACGAGAAAAAAUUUGCAAAAUUUCAGCUGGAAGAAUUCUCGUAGCUCGAUAAUUUCUCCGAUGGGAGCCAAAAUCAAGAACAAGAUGGAACUUCGGACGAGUCAAGACGAAUUGAACAAGGAGCCUGACUUCCCAGUAAAUGACCUGGAAGAGCUCCGAGAGUUUGUCAGAUCAAGCCCAGAACUACCAAACAUUCCCGAUAAGAGGCUUAUACAGUUCCAUUUCGCUUGCUAUUACAACAUGGACGACACCAAAAGAUGUAUUCGCACUUACUAUGAUUGCUUUAAAAAGUACACGGACUUUUUUGAUGACAGACGUCUCGCAGAACCUAGUGUCAACAAAAUAAAAGCACUUGUACAUCAGUAUGCAUCUCCGGUGCGAACCCCAGAAGAUAGUCAAAUAAUCGUGGCAAAAUUAGUGAACACCGACACAACACAUUACACAUACGACAUAGCUCUUAAGUACUUCAUAAUGGCCAUUGAAGCAAGUAUACACUUAUACGGAGUUGCCAAACACACUGAAGUUGUCAUCGAUUAUAGGGAUCUUACGUUCAGGCAUAUGCUCAAGGUCAACAUCGGCACCAUCAGGAAAAUCAUCAAAGUCUACGAGGAAGCUUUACCAAUCCGAGCUAAAGCGAUUCACAUCAUAAACGUCAAUUUCUACAUCUCAAAAAUAGUGAAUAUAGCGCGACCAUUUGUUAGCAAAGAGCUAUUCGACAAGGUCAAAUUUUACACGGAGGACCAGAUUGUAGAUUUCAGAGCUGUUGUUCCUGAAUCAGUCUUACCGAAGGAAUUUGGUGGCACCUUGGGUUCUUUAGCAUCAUUAGCAGAAAAAUUCGAAGCAUCUCUGAGUGUGGUGGAGCCAUUCUUCAAAGAGGAGGAGAAACUAGUUGCCGAAACUGAGUCUUGAGUUGAUCUCACGAGUCCAGUUGCAGCGACGUCACUCCUCUCAUCACGAACAAAUUCAACGAUCAACGAUUCAAUCUGAUUUCAUCUAUUAUUUCGAUGUAAUGAAUUAUAGAUAUAAAUUAGAGAAUAUUAUACCGAGAAAUUUUCCUUAUUACGGUGGUAAAAUAAGCUGUCACAAGGAGGUGAUGAUUUUUUAGACUAUGAAAGAUAUUUUGAAGAUUAUCUGUUUUAAAGAAAAAUUGCUUUCAUAAGUUCAAUCGAUACGAUGAGUUACCGUAUACUUUACUUUCGAAGUUGGUCAGUAUGUUCAGAAAUUAGGGUCUGAAUGAUCGACUGAUAUUGUGAGAACGUAAUUUUAGGUAUUGGACUACCUUUUUCUCAAGGAAUAUUGCAGGUCCAUAAC